AUGAAGCGUGAUAUCAUAAGGUGGAUGUACGAUGGUCUCCGAGUCCUGUCUAAAAUAAAAUGUGUGAAGCUCAGCUUCGUUUUCACCAUUGCAUUGUCCACUAUUGUAUUGUGCAUAGUUGCAUCUGACAAUAUAUUCUUAUCUGUAUUCUCAAGUGUUGACUCAAAUAUCAUUGAAAGCAGGGCAAUAGAGAGCUACGAUACGCCCCGAUUAUGGACCAGCCCUGUGAAAACUAACCAAUCCAAAGUGUGGGAUCCAGCGUCCAACAAUUUCACGAAAACUCCGAAUUCUAGCAGUGACAUAAAUCUCAACAAAUUUUUAUUUCUAUCCGAACACGUUAUUAACCCACAUGACUAUAAAAACUUAAUUUCUCCCACUGUAAAGUGUAAUGACCACCAAGAGAUAGAUUUAAUUAUCUGUGUCCCAACACGCGGUGACAAUUUUGAAGGUAGAAAAACAAUUCGAGAGACCUGGGGCAGUAAUGUUAAUGAAAGCUCCUUUAACUUAAUUCUAAUCUUCUUUAUUGGAAUACCAGACAUCAGCUCGCCUAACGCUAGUUUAACCCAGAAAUUACUUUUUCAAGAAUCUGUUAUGUACGGAGACAUUUUGCAAGAGGAUUAUUUGGACUCUUAUAACAACCUCAGUCUCAAAUCCGUGUCUAUUCUCAAGUAUGCUUCUAUUCACUGUUCAGAGGCAAAAUAUAUUCUCAAAGCGGACGAUGACAUGUAUAUUAAUGUCCCGUAUUUAGUUAAUAUUCUGAGACGGUUUCAAAUUACCAAACCCAAGUUAAAAACUUUUGUAAUGGGAUCGAAACAGAUAAAAGCACAACCAAUGAGAUCAAUUGACUCCAAGUGGUACACCUCUAUUUCUGAGUACCCCGAGGAUACCUAUCCUGACUAUGUUAUAGGUGCGGCCUACGUCAUGUCUACACAGGCGUCGUGGCUGCUGUUUGAGGCGUCUCUCAGGUUGCCGUUGUUCCUGUGGGAAGAUGUGUACAUCACAGGGAUGUGUUCCAAGAAAGCUGGCGUGGAAGUGAUAGACAAUUCUCUGUUUUCUUGGAUUAGACAUGCGGUGUCCGGCUGUUCCUUCAAGAGGCGCAUUUCUGGACAUCCGUACAGUCUGGCGGAGGUACGAGUAAUACACAGAGAAUUGUAUGACAAAAACAUUAUUUGUAAAUAA